ACCUAUAGAUGUGUUUUUUGGACCUCCACCACGGUAAAUGGUGCGGUAACUAUAUAUAUUUAGCAGUCGAUUUUGGUUGGUUCAGGUGCAGUUGAAUGAAGAAUGAUGUGGCCCAUGAGAUCCUUCACCAGAUGUUUUGUGUUUGUUGGGGGGGAAUAUUGCCCUUUAUUUUAUCUCAGUCAAUGAUAUGAUGAGGGGAUAUGAAAAUAUGAAAGACAGAGCCCAACCAAUUUUUGGCUUGUGGUGUGGUGUGUUUACUUAGGGAGAUAGCCAAAGCCAAGCAUGGCAACACCUCUGACACCAAACCCAGCUUACAAAUGCAUGACCAAGUUGUUCUCACAUAUACUUCUUAUAGUGCUUUUCCUCACCAUUGUUGAGUCCCAAUCAAUCAUUGAGUCCUUACCAGGCUACUCUGGCAGUCUUCCUUUCAAACUUGAAACUGGGUACAUAGGCGUGGGAGACUUAGAUGAUGUGCAGCUUUUCUAUUACUUCAUUGAGUCUGAGAGAAGUCCAAAAGAUGAUCCACUCGUGCUUUGGCUCACUGGGGGUCCGGGUUGUUCAGCUUUUUCUGGCCUAGUAUUUGAAAUAGGUCCACUGUCAUUUGAUUUUGACAAAUCCAGUAGGGAUUCACCCACAUUUAAAUUGAACCCAUUCUCAUGGACAAAGGUUGCGAACAUAAUAUUUGUUGAUGCACCCGUUGGCACUGGAUUCUCAUAUGCGAGAAGUUGGGAAGGAUACAGCAUCACUGAUACCAUAUCAGCAGCACAAACCUAUUCUUUUCUCAGGAAGUGGCUUUUGGCUCAUCCAGCAUUCCACAAAAAUCAACUCUACGUUGCUGGUGAUUCUUAUUCAGGCAUACUUGUCCCAAUUAUUGUUCAGAAAAUAUCCGAUGGUAACGAAGCUGGAGUUAAGCCAGCUAUGAAUCUCCAAGGAUAUGUGCUUGGUAACCCAACCACAACCCCACAUGAUGACUACAACUACAGAAUCCCCUUUGCUUACAUGAAGGCACUUAUAUCACAGAAACAAUAUGAGUCAAUCAAAAGGAAUUGCAAGGGAGAGUAUAUAAAUGUUGAUCCAAACAAUACACUAUGCGUAAAUGAUCUUCACACAGUGACGGAUUGCACCCAAAAAAUAUAUUCGGGACAAAUAUUGGAACCUACAUGUAGUUUGACAUCCCCAAAACCAGUGGGAUCAAAGUUGGAUGCAAGCCUUCUCGGAGAGGAUGCUAUUCAUCUCCUUUCUCUUACUCAAGUUCCUGAACUAUGGUGCCGGAGUUAUAACUAUAUAUUCUCUUACAUUUGGGCUAAUAAUGAAACUGUUCAAAGAGCUCUUCACAUUAGGGAGGGGACCAUAAGGGAGUGGGUAAGGUGCAAUGCAAGUUUAUCUUACACAGAUGAUGUCUUUUCUACUCUUGAAUACCAUCGAAACCUCAUCAAGAAAGGGUAUCGUAUUUUGAUUUACAGCGGUGAUCAUGACAUGGUUAUCCCACACAUUUCUACUUAUGCAUGGAUAGAGUCUCUAAAUUUGACAAUUGCCACUGAUUGGGGACCAUGGUUUGUUGAUGGACAAAUUGCAGGGUACACGAUGGAAUCUUAUUAUAAAAAAAGUCGGUUGACAUAUGCAACUGUAAAGGGAGCGGGCCACACUGCUCCAGAGUACAAGCCUAAGGAAUGUUUUGCCAUGGUUAAUAGGUGGUUUGCUUACUAUCCUCUCUAGUCAAUAGUGUUCUUGCCAAUUUAUGUAAGAGAGAUCGAGCACUUGCUCAAUAAAAUCGUUUUAGUAUUAUUGGUGUAAUCAAUAAAAGAGCAAUGAAACUCGAUAGCUUUAACAUCUUUCAUUUA